AUGGCCCGGUGCCUGGAUGUUUGGGAAGGUACUCUGUUAGGACGUGAAUUCUGGCAAGACGUCCACCGCCACGACGAGCAGCUGAAGAAGCUGGACGAUCUGGCGACUGAAAUCAUUUCCCCCCAAAGUGCCCCAGCCAACACCCAUGGUGACCAACCAGUGUCGACUCGCCAGCCCACACUCCGAUGUCUCAGCAUGUCUGACAUUGGGAAAAUGGACCCCCCACCUCACGGGCAGUCUGUCCUAGCGUCAGGUCUUGCCCGGUUCAAAGCACUUGAGCGUCGUGUUCGAUCCCCGUCCCCUCGUAAGAUGAUGGCUUCGUCCAUCAGUGCGUUGACAUCCUGGCGGCUCUCGCCCGUCUCGUACUCGGGUCGUCGCUCAGGACACAGCUCGCCGGCCAAAUAUGUCGAGGUAUCUCCCGCCAGCACGACAUUCCGGUCUGAGGAAACGUCGCCGUCCCUUGUCCCUUCACUUUCGUCUUCGUCUUCACAGCAGGGAUUGGAGAGUGUAGACCACUUUGCUAUUCCUGAGCAGCCGUGGAUGGAGUUCCCCGGCGGCUCGUCCUGGGAGAUCCUUCCGCGGAGCAAGACUUCUCUGGGUCUCGACCUUGGAAGCUCUGUCCCCGAGGGGGCGGACGAAGAAGAUAACGUCCUGGAAAUCGAAGAGCUGAGACCGCUGCAGCAGUUUCGUGGACUGCGCUCUCUGCAAUUGACGGGAAUGCUGCACUCGUACCAAUCCAUCAUCUGGCAGGCUGUCUGGCUCAUGACGGAUCUAGAUGAACUCACUCUCGAAAUGGCCCUCGAGCCCGAGAUCAUUCAUCCGUACUUUGCCUCAUACUGGAAGCAAAUCGACGAGCAUUGGACCCUGGCCCAAACAGACGGCGAGAAUUGUGUGUACUACGGCCAUCUCCAAGACGGCCAACUCCGCCAAGACAUCGGCUACGGCGAAUACCUCGACAAGUACUGCAUGGAAAAGGCCAAGGUGCUCGCUCGCACCUGGGGCCCCACGCUCCGUCAGCUCCGUCUCAAACAACUCACUUUAUCCGGCUUCGUCGUCGACGUAGACCCCUUCCUGCUGUGGUUCGAUCCCUUGUGCUUGGAAAGAAUCCGGUUCAAGCGCGGAUGUGUCGAUGCGGGAUUCUGGUUACCUGCUCCUAUGAAGGAUGUGACUGUUCAUAGCCCGAGUGAGAACGAAGCGGGGCCGGUUGUGGUUCCGAUGGUGCCUGUUGAUGCGAUGAGAGAGUUGAAGGUUGUGGAUGUUUCGGCUCGGACGAAAGUUGGUAGCGUCGAUGAGCGCGAGGCAAAGGUAGUUCGGGAGGUGGGAAAUCGCGCACUUUGUGAUUUCUUUUAG